AUGUUAGCUAUUCACUCACUACCUAUGCCAGCUCAGCCAGAGUUUCAAUGCCAUUCACUGUUUCCUCCAUCUGCUCCACCAGUUAAAAAACGUCCUCAGGAUAUACGAGUUCCCUGGACAGUAUUUCAUAAUUGUUCUACGGCUGGACCUC